AGUAUUAGAUUUAGUUCACAGUCAAAAUUUUUUCACUUCUCCUUCUAUAUUACAAGAAAAUAAACUAAUAUAAAGAGUAAUGAACACGUAUCGGGUUUGUUCCGAAUUUAUUCGCUAGGAUCAUUGUCAUCACUUUCACUUUUUAUUUACGCGUUUUGCUUUAAUAGUGGUCGUAGUGUACAUCGAAUAGCAGUCGCCAUGGAUGACACCAUGUCGACCCUAACGAAAAUGACCCGCACGGUAAAGAAACUUGAAGUGCCCAGACCCUUGAAAUCGACGACCAGUUCCGCACAUAACCGUAACUCUGUUUUAGAUGUCAAAAUUAAUUCUGUUGAUGACCUGAUAGUUUUAACGGAGGCGGUAGCAUAUCAAAUGAUGCAAGGAAACUUUGACAGAGCUCUUCAAAGCAAUGUGGCCACUAUGUAUUCUAAUCUUAAGCUUUAUGGUGCCCAGCUGGAAGCACUCUAUAAAGACUUUCUUGACAGAUAUUUCGUUGUUUUCCGCAAUGGAUCCCAGGAUGAGCGGCUGGAUAAAAAAACUAGACUUCAUUUGCUUGAACUAAUAGAGUUGCGAGCUAAACAUUGGCAAGGAUCCGAUUACAUGAGUCAAUACUAUAGACAUCGUGGCACACAUGCUGAGCCGCUGCUAGUGCCGACGAUGGAGGGGUCGGGCGGAGGCGGUGCGGCGUCCCCCACGCUGGCUGCGCCCGCCGAGCCGCCCACGCUGCUCGGCCCCGGCGAGCUUAUCAAGCCCUCGGGCAAAUUCCCCAAGCCCACCAAGAUACCCGGCAAAAACUAUUCCAAGGAUGAGGUCGUCAUACGCAAUGCAGACUCAGGGAAAGUGAUGGGUAUCAAGGGCAGGCGGGUGCACAUGAUCGAGGAGCUAAGUGAUACGAUCAUAUCGUUUCAGCGAGUGAGUCCCGGAGCUAAGGAGCGUCUCGUGCAGAUCACUGGCCCCAACGAGGAAAACGUCAACCACGCGAAGCACCUAAUCGGCGACACCAUCCGCCGCAACGCGUCGCCCGUGCGGCUGGAGGGCGCGCUGGAGGGGGGGGCGCUGGCCACCUCGCGCGCCUCGUUGGACUCCGCCGGCUCCGACGAGCGCCCGAGAGAGAAGUCUCCCCACAACAAUUCGAGAGCCUUGCUUCAUAGUUUCUCGACAAACGAUGCUGCGUUGGGAGAGUAUAAAUAUACCGUAACUUUUGGGGACCAUUCCAUCAAGAUCACGGGCAACAAUUUGGAUCUCGUUAAGUGGUCUUACAACUCGUGCCCGGUACACCGCAGACGGCGAAGCUGGUGCUGGACGAGUACUUCGAGAGCGCCGGAGCGCUGGAGGCGAUGGCGCUGGGGUCGGGCGACUUCUUCACGCUGUCGCAGCGGCCCGCCGCCGCGCUGCUGCUGCGGGACGACGCCGCGCUCAACGGCGCCGACGACGACGUGUUCGCGCCGCCCGCGCCGCCCGACGACGACGCGCCCGACGACGCCGCGCCGCGCCGCCCGCGCUACUCGCGCGCCGCCUCCACCGACAAGAGCGCAGGUGGCGCGCGGCAGACGUACUCGUACGAGACGCUGGUGCAGUACGCGGACUCGCCGCUCAGCAAGCUGCCGCCCGCCGGCCUGGCCGCCUUCCCGCCCGAGCUGGCGCGCAAGAGUUGCCUGGAGUUCGACAGCGUCAGCUACCUGAAGAAGGUGCGCAGCGCCGCCGGAGUGUGCCUCGGCCUCGACGCGCCCGACUCGCCCGAGCCCGAGUGACGCCCCCUUCCCCCGCACUAUAGCACCGCACGUAGCGCCCUCGCACGUAGCGCCCUCGCACGUAGCGCCCUCGCACGUAGCGCCCUCGCCCGUAGCGCAGCUUCGCGACGUACUCGUCCUCCGAUGGUUCUCGAACGAUCCGCGUGCGAGUACGUCGUCUCGUAAUAUUAGGUCUGAAUUCUCUUGUCGCUUUAGCCGUCCGUCUAUUGACUUUUUUUUUGCUUACACGAAAUGUGACUAAUUUAGCGGACU